GUCCAUUGUGCUCCCUGUGACAAUAAAGAGGCUCUCUCUGAGGACAGAAAAUGGACCUUGUAUAUCUAAACAGCUGGAACAGCUUGGACUUAGGGAAACUGUAUAUGGUGCUAGUGCAUGCUGUUCUAGUCGUCAGAUUCUGUCACAUCAAAGGCUCAAGGUCAUGUUGUCCAGGGCUUCCUGCCUGUUGUGUGGAAUGCCUCCUUGUUACAGGCUGGGCCUGAGAGCCUCAGAUCACUGCGUGCAUUCCCAGCUACUGUCCCUGUGCACGUUUGCUGUUUGAUACUGGUCCUAGUAAGACAAGUCUCUCCCAAACCACUUGGUUGCCCCUUUCCACCACUGCAUUAUAUUAUUUCCAUUAUAUUAGAGAACUGUAUGCCUCAGGAUUCUGUUGUGUUCUUCAAGUUUUUGUUGGAAAGGGAAGAACUCAUUAAAAACUUGCUUGCUAUCAAUGUAUUGCUUUUAAGAAGGCACACAGGCACAUGGGGAUUGUUUGUUUCUGUUAUAAGCCAGACAAGUGCUUUUGUAUUCUUUAUAUUAUUUUCUUGAUACAGUGUUGUGGUGCCCUGGGGCUGACUCUGAGUUCCCUGUUUGUCCUUUAUUGCUUUCCUGACAUCUAAGGGACUCCCAGAAGAUAGUCACAUGCUGGAUUCAAAAAGAUAUGCCAUCAUUGGAGCAGAUCUCCGAGACCUUUCUGAGCUGGAAGAGAAACUAAAGAAAUGUAACAUGAAUACACAAUUGCCAACACUCCUGAUAACUGAAUGUGUGCUGGUUUACAUGACUCCAGAGCAGUCAGCCAACCUCCUAAAGUGGGCAGCCAGCAGCUUUGAGACAGCCAUGUUCAUAAACUAUGAGCAGGUCAACAUGGACGACCGGUUUGGGCAGAUCAUGAUUGAAAACCUCCGGAGGCGAAGUUGUGACCUGGCAGGAGUGGAAACCUGCAAAUCACUGGAGUCACAGAAGGAACGGCUGCUGUUGAAUGGGUGGGAGACAGCGUCUGCAGUGAACAUGAUGGAGCUGUACAGUGGGCUACCUCGGGCAGAGGUAAACAGAAUAGAAUCCCUCGAGUUCCUGGAUGAGAUGGAGCUCCUGGAGCAGCUCAUGCGCCAUUACUGCCUGUGCUGGGCCACCCGAGGCGGCCAGGAGCUGGGUUUGAGGGAGAUAACCUAUUGAUCUGCUGAAGGCUCGUGCUGAGGUGGAAGGUGAAGGCUCUAGCUGAGGGAGUGCCAGGGCCUCCUGAGAGAUGUGCAGCCUCACGGCCUUUGUUGGUCCUGCUGCACAUCUGGAACCUGUGGUUACAAAGGUGGUCAUACCAGAUCCUGUUCCUGUCAGUAUCAUUGUUUAAAUAAAUCUCACUUGCCAUUUGUGUCGGA